AUGAAGUUGUUUCAUGCCGUCGGGCUGGCGAUUUCAAUUGCUACAGUGUUUGCACUUACCAACACGACGACCACCGACCAACUCAAUGACUGGUAUCCGUGCGCCGAGUUCACCUUCUCGGAUGACGGGGUUUCAAGCGGCCAGAAGGCGGAGUGCGCCAUCUUCAUGGCGCCGUUGUGCUACCCCGGUAUUUGUGACUCCUUGGACUCAGAAGACCCAAAGAUCGACGUCUUCGUCAAGCGAAUGCCGGUAGUAGACAAUGCUGAAAAUGCAACCAAUGUGUUUUUGACCGGAGGCGCAGGUCUAACAGUGGGAUCGGAAAAUAAAAAUUGA